GUAAAAAUUAUGUAUUAAAUUUAAAUGUUCAACGACAACAAUCAAAGUGCACAAUGGAGCAGCAAACAUCAAUUUCUUAAUUAUUGUUGUUGACAAUUCAAUCAUUAUUUGAAGAAAACAAAAACAGUUUUGCCUAGCAACGGGCUCAACUCUAUUUGUCUAAUCGAUACUAUAAGUUACCUAGAAUUAUUGCUUUGCAUUUCGACGUCGCAAUUUCUCCAAAAGCGUUCACCAAGAAAAAAAAAAUUAAAGAAAUGGCUGACGAACAAUUGUGCGAACGUCUAAAUAAAACGCGUUUAACCGCCGACGAUAUUCGACAAGUUGAACACUUUUGCUAUGAUCUCGUCAAAGCCAAUACAUUGAGCCAAUUACAAAACGAUGCAAAAUUACGAGCAGUCAAUUCAACCAAAACCUAUGAUGAAUUCAAAGACAUUGUCGACGCAGCUCACUUACAACCGCUGAGUCGGUCGGAUAAAAAAAACGCUAACACCCAAUCACGGCUCUGGAAUUCGAUUGCACGAAAUUGAAGCGAACGGUACUAACAGACACACGCGCGUGCUCACGUUAAUUCCGACAUCGACCUUUACAAAAUUCAAACCAAAGCCAAAACAUUUAAAAAUUUAAAAUUUCUAUUCAAUUACACACAAUAUGCUCGAUGAUAAUAAAAUACAACUAAACUAAAUGUGU